AUGGAGAACACUGCAGAACUCACCUUCAUUUCAGAUAGACAAAAGGGAUUGGAAAGGGCUGUGGGGACAGUGUAUGAAGGAUAUGAGGUUCGAUUUUGUGUUAGGCAUCUUUAUGCCAACUUUAAGAAGGAGUUUCCAGGAUUAUUGUUGAAGCAACAACUAUGGGCAUGUGCUAGGGCAACUACUGUUGAGGAAUUCAAGAGAAAGUUGGAUGUUUUAAAAGGGACUAAUGAAAAAGCUUUUGAUUGGCUAUCCAAAAAAUCACCAACAGAGUGGACCAAAUCCCACUUCAGGACAUCUGUUCAGUGUGACAUGUUGUUGAAUAAUUUGUGUGAGAGUUUCAAUUCAGCAAUCUUAGAUGGUAGAGACAAGUCAAUCAUCACAUUGUUAGAGUAUGUUCGAUAUUGGUUGAUGGAUAGAAUGCAAAAACAAAGAGAAAGUGUGAGUAAGUGGAACAAUCCAGUGGGGAAAAGGAUCUUUGACAUCCUAGAGAAGAACAAGAAAUUGGCACUGAAAUGCCAAUGCACCAAGUCUGUUGGUGGAUUAUUCCAGGUCACAGCCCCUUCUGGUGAGGUGGUAGCAAUUAAUUUGGAGAAAAAGACAUGCUCUUGCAGAUCAUUUGACCUCACAGGUAUCCCAUGUGGUCAUGCAAUAGCAUGCAUAUGGUAUUCAAGGCUUCAGGUUUAUGAUUUUGUGGCUGCAUGUUACAAGAAGGAAGCCUUCAUAGGCACUUAUGCAGGGGCAAUUGCACCUAUGCCUAGUCCUGAACACUGGCCUGAUAAAGGCAAAAAUCCAAUCCUUCCACCACCAGAAACUGUUUUACCUGGUAGGCCCAAGAAAUCUAGAAAAAGAGAAGUGGAUGAACCUCCACCUGGUGCAACUAAAAUGAGGAGAUUUGGGCAGUCCAACAACUGCUCUAAUUGCAAACAGCCUGGACAUACAAAGAAAACUUGCCCCAAACCAGUACAAGUUCAGGAACCUCCACAGAAGAAAAAGAUGGGUCGUCCACCCAAAAAGAAUUUAGACCCUGAAACUGUAAAGAGAAACAUUAGGAGAAUGAAGCAAAAGGUAAUAACUUUGAUUCAUAGAAGGCCUAUUAAUGCUGAUAUGCAAUGGCCUAUUACUCCUGCUAUGAUGCAGACAUUUUCCUGA